AUGGCUGACAGAUGGUGCGAAACGUUCGGAGAACAGCGUGGGACAAGGCUGCAGUUUGAGACCUUCAACUUGUAUCAUGCGAAUCAUUGGAUCAUCAAACCAGCCACCGACGGCUAUGCGAAAAAGGGCUGCAGCAUGGUUGAGAUCAUGGCGAUUCAAGUGCAGAGACCUCACUGGUUUGUGUCACAUGCUUGGAUUGAGCCUGUUUGUAAGUUUCUGGCCUGCUUGGAGCAGCAUGCUCUGGUGCGAGAACUCUCAAGCAGUACAUUCUAUUGGGUCUGUGCAUAUGCCAACAACCAGCACUGCGUGGAAGAGGAUAUCAAAAGCAACCCACGCAGCACUUCAUUCUACAGAGCUAUGCAGAUGUCUGAGGGAGUUCUUUUGGUGCUGGAUUCAGCUGGAACGCCUUUCGGCAGCUAUCUGGACAACCUCCGCGCGGUGGCUGCGGGUCUAUGCAUUGCUGAUGGGCCUUGGCAGUGCUUAGAAACGAAUUGUUCAGAUGUGGUGCUUGCAAGUUUCGAUUUGCUUCAGAAGAUUUGGGCUGUGUCUUCAAAAGAGCGGAACGCAUUGAUGCAUGCCAUGCAUGGCAAUGGUGCAGGAAGCAGAGCAACAGCUCGCAAAAGGAAACAGAAACAAAGAAAUAACCAAGCAAAUGGCUUCAAUUUGCAACAAGCAGGUGAGAUUCUCAAACUACUCUCUCAGCUUUUCCAAUUGUUGGGACUCGGGGGUGGCGGUGGGAAUUUGCUUCAACAGCUCAGUGCUAUGAUGGGCCAUGGCGGGUGUGCCAAACCCAAGAAGACUAAGAACAAGAACAAAAAUAAACAGGGCGGUGAUGGUGGUCUGGGGGAUUACGGCCAAGGGGGUGGUUUUUACCCUUCUUCUCCUCCUACUCAGCCCCCGCAGAAUACUUCGAAACCACAUCCUAAGCAAAAGGCGGACGUCCAAAAACAGCCACACACAGAGCAGCAGCCCCACAAAACGCCCAAGACCUUUGCUGAAGUGGUUCGAGCCAACACUGCGUUUAAGCCGGUGUGGAGCCUGCGUCAGUCAGACUGGACGGGGCCCAUUUUGGGCUUUGAUGACUUUUGUGUCGCACUGGAUAAGCCUGGAAAUAUUUCAGCUACAGUGCAAGUGAACUCGGAAGAGCAACUUGAGGAGUUGCAGGUUUUGCUGAAAGGCGAUUCCCCUGAUAUCAAAAGAGAGCUCAACAUCACAGCUGUGAUGCUAGCGCCGAAAGAGGCCAAGCAGACUGAGGAGGAUCGACCUUUGCGGAUGGUGCCAGGAAAGAUCUCGGGCAAGGUGCAGCCCAGGCAGGCGUUUGUGAUCCCACUUCAAGGCCAAGGGCCAUCACUCAAGAGAGCUGCCGUUGUGUCAGCGGCUCCUGCAGUGCAGCCUGAAACUGUUGUAGUGAGAUUAAGUGUUGAUGCAAAAUAUUUGCAAAACAACGAGUGGCAGAGCAUCCAGGCCAAGCCAAAGGCAAACGCGCAGGCUUGGUUGCAUCGGCAUGUUCCAGAGCAUGUUGCGGACAAAGUCUUUGAUAUGUGGGCGUUUCAGCAAGAAAGCAUGAAAGGCGGAGGCAAGCCAGUGAUCACUGGCCUUUUACGCAUUGAGCGAAGUGCUGCCAAAGCUCUUCUAGGCUGCUCAGGCAAAAGUACCUGGUUUGUGGAGCCUUUGCAAUGGAACAACUCCGUGAUUGAAUCUUGCGAUGUUGAGUGGGUCAAGAAAAGUUCGGAACUUGAUGGGCCCAGCUACUUGCAGAAGGUUCAGUCCAUGGCUGGUGACCUGGGCAUUGCCCGGGGAUGGAAUGGACUGGGAGUACGUAAGCCCAGGAGCGCCGAGCCUCCUCCUAAGGCCAGAGCUUGGCGCGUCACUGGUGUUCCGCGAGAUUGGGCGGCUAGUACCUUGACUCAGGAACUUACACGUGCUGGCCUGACUGAACUCAAGGUGUUGUCCCGGAAAACUGUGGGCAAACAAGUGGAAUGGUGGGUGCAGGCCAAUGCUCAAAAGGAUAUGGAUUUCAUUGAAAUUCAGGCUGGCGAAAAAGUCAUCGUAGCUGUUGAAGCUCCAAGACAAAGACGGCAGAGAACACAUACCAUGAAACUGGCUAGCAAUGGAAGGGUCAGUUAUAACCAGAGCCAUGCAUGGCAGGCGAUUGCCACGCCUGCUCCUCGCAAAUCUUUCUACAUGGGAACGCCAGUCAAAAAGCCAGUGACUAUUGCAGGGGCUGAGAAGGUUCCUGCUGAGAAUUUGGACGAGGACAAGUCGGACGCAAAGAUGGACAAUGCUGGAGAACCCGCUGGGGCAAAAAGAGCUGUCAGUACUCCUGAAAAGAGUCCUCCGGCCAAGCGUGUUGCGGGGGAACCCAAGCCCCCUCACAAUAUGAAGGUGAAAAGCAUCCCUGCUGACGGCAACUGUCUUUUUGAAGCCCUUGCUCAAAGUUUGGGCGGAAAAACAGCCAGGAAUGUGCGUGCAAGCGUUGUCACCCACCUGACCAAGCACCAGGGUCGUUACAAGCCCUGGUGGGACGGCAAGGAGCCAACAGAGGCGGAGAAUGCUUGCGAAUCAUGGGAGAGCUAUCUCACCAUGCUCUCAAAGAUUGGUGCUUGGGGCAGUGCUCUUGAAGUUUCUGCUGCGGCUGUGCACUACGAUCGCCCGAUCAUUGUCUUCCAGCCUCGUGGGGUUCCGGAGAUUUACAAUGGUCGUGGCAAGGGUGGUGCUCCCAUCGCUUUGUGGUUUCGUUCAAAGCACUAUGAACGACUUGAAGGUGCUUUCCCUCCUGAAGUUUUGACUCAGGCCGCAAAUGGUCCAAUGCAGGGCAACAGAGGUGGAGGAUCGGAAUGUGGCGCUACUUCAGUUGGUGCCACCAGAUUGUCAGCUUUGCCGUCACUGGUUCAUAGCAACAAUAAACGUGGAAGGUGUGCUAGCCCCGCGCCCGCCUCUACUUUGUCAGAGCAGCGCAAGAAUUCUUCUUCCCCUGCGGCUGCUACUUCGGGUCGGGGUCCGUGCACGCCACGUGCAGCCAGUGAAGGACAAGACGCAGCCAGUGCUUCGUCCAGACGCACUAAGCGUACUGAGUGGACAUGCCCUUUGUGUGACUUUUCCACUGGGGUGUGCAAAGGAUGGGUUGACAAGAAGAGAGCUCAUAUCAAUGCUUGGCAUCCCGAUGAGAAGGAACAGUUGAAAAUCGGCUUCAAAAACACGUUGCCUGCGCUGUCUGCGGUCAAGAAGGGAGGAGUCUAUAGCUAG